UUACUCGUUAGAGUAGGUCUUCUGUGUACUUUACUCAUUAAUUAUGUUAUUUUGUCAUUAAAGUGAACCGUCAUUAGACCGAUAGUAUUGUAGAACAUAAUAACAUUGUGAUUUGUGAUAAAGGUAUUGUGGGUUAUGGUUGUGUGUGGCCUAAGUAACUAGUUAGGUAGCUACUGCCGAAGUUUUUAGUAGAUAUCGGUGCCUGCCAGUGUACGCUUCAAAUAAAUACUCUCCUAUAUAAAAAUUCAAGAGAAUUAUCUUAGUAGGUUAAAGUUUCAACCUUAAAAUAUUGUGAUUUUAUCCACAGAGUAGGUACCUACAUACCUAAGUACUUUUAGUGAUACUUGAUUUUAUCACUAUCCACUUUUUUCUGUGCUGCACGUUAUCAUACUUUAGCGCAUUAUCUAUAUAAAAUACAAAGUUGCCUGAUAACAACAGAGGAUAUUUCAAAAGGAUAUUAUUAUAACAAUGGCUGCCGCGGCAAAACAGAAUAGAGCAAAGCAGAAUGCCCUCGUACCGGAAUGUCCAGUCUGCCUGAAUGCGAUGACGGUUCCGAUAUACCAAUGCACUACUGGGCACAGUUUAUGCAAUGGUUGCACUCAAAAACUAUCUCCGCCAAACUGUCCGAUAUGUAGACAGCUAAUCACUCAUAUGAGAAAUUGGGCUUUGGAGGAAAUGAUAGAAAAGGUGGCCACAUGUCCUAACAAAGCUGAAGGGUGUACAUAUGUAGUAGCAAAUGAGAAUAUCGAGAACCAUUUAAAAGAAUGCAUGUUCCGUGAUAUUUAUUGUCCCCUUCGAAAGUUGAAUACUUGUUCUUGGAAAGGAAAAUUUCAUAUUAAAUCAAAAUUUAAUAUUGUUGAACACUGCAAGCAAAAACAUCCCGAGAACAUAAAAGAGAACGCAAAUUCAGAAUUCAACUUGAACCAUGUGUCAAUCAACGCUCAUCUUAAACAAAUAUUUGUUAUGUCAAUGAACAAACGUGUAUUUAUAGUGUCUUUUGAUAUUAAUCCAGUUAAUAAAAUGGCUUUCUGGGCCGUACAGCUCAUUGGAACGAAGAAGCAAGCUGUAGAUUGCACAUAUGAGAUACAACUGACCAGUAUGCAAACUGAAAAGCGAAUGGUGACAUUUAAAGACCAUUGCUUCAAUGAUACAAUGGACGACUCUGAGAUCUAUGGUCUUGCCAAAUGUCCAGUUAUGCCGCUCGACAUGCUAUCACAUUUCAUGAAAGAUAAUAAAUUAUGUUUCCGUUGCGAACUCAAACUCUCAACAUAUCAAAAAACAAAGAAUGAUGGCCCUAACAGAAACCAAAAGCCAAAUAAAGAUGCUGCGAAUGAACGACAAUUCGCAAAACCACAUAAUUCAGCCGGGAAGAAUGCAUACAAAAAUAAUAUGAAUAAAAAUUAAUCAUUUUCAUAUUGAUUUAUGUUAGAAUAGCACUUGAGUCGUAAUUAUUUUAGUUUACAAUAUUUUCAUUCAUACAGGCACAGUGUAGGGAUGGCUACUUACCUACGUAUUAAGUAAACAAUUUUAAGUGUACUACUGAGUGAUGAGGGUUGUCAUUUGUCACUAUGACAGAAUAGGUACCAUAAAUAAAAGAGACAUACGUCUACGAGUACUUAACUAUAGAAAUGACAAGACUAAUAAUCAUAGACCAAGACAAUACUUGAUCUAUGCUAAUAAAACAAAAAAAUUCAAAAUAAAAAUUCUCUCCACCCUGAAUCGGAUCGAUGUUCAUGGGCAACGUUAUCUAUAAAAUGAGUGUGAUUUUCGUACUUUAAAAUAAAAAACCCGUAAGAUAGUGAACGAAAGUAAAAUAUAAGAGGCGAAGUAGCGGGAUUUUUUUGUUUAGCAUCUUGCAGGUACUCAUAUAGUGAACAACAUGUUUAAUAAACGAAAAAAUUACAUAAUGAUGAAAAUAACUAAGGCGUGUUAAAUUAGGUUUACUUAUUUCUUUGUUUAUGAAGCAUUUGAUUCUAAUAUUAUUCAAAUAAGGAUAUAAGUAGUGCAUGAUUUAUUAUAAAAAAAAAAUAUGUUUGAUGAGUAUUACUCCUUUUUAUUUUUCUUCUUAAUUUUUUGGAAUAAAUGAAGAAUACCAUAUUCUUUUAUUAAAUAA